UACGUUUGCGUGUUUGAUGGGAUCGGUGGCCUCAAGCGUCGCAGUUGGCGAAGUUUCAGCUUCUCCAAAACCAUGUCCACCUAUUCGGCUGUCAAACAAUGUUUGAAAACGUUCCACCUGGCCGGCACCCCGGAUUUCUACAAUGUGUACGAAGUAAAUGAUCGUGAUGGUCGUGAGAACAAAUUGAACGCGAACGCCAAUUUCCGGAGCCAAUUACGAUUUGAUGUGAAACAGCCGUCCAUUGUUCUCCGAGCCAAGGAACCCGAAGAGACAGUGUUCUCUGUCAAGAUCUAUGCAGGGGACUUGGGGUACAUGUUACCGCAAAAUGCAUCCGACCAUGAGACAGUUGUGAUCACUACAUCAACAACCAGUGCAGAUGCUGUGGCUGCUGCUUUGGAGAAAUUCGGUUGCGGGCAUUUGGGCGCGGAAGACUGUUAUCUAAGCACCGUCUGUACAGAUCGCGUUGUGACCGAGCGACGUUUGUCCAGUCACGAAUUGUUGGCCGCAUUGCUCAGUCAAUUACGACAUGAAUCGUCCCGGACCGCUCAGUUGACUCGAUUCGAAUUGCGAUUUACCGACGAGUCACCCGCAGCCCAUCCGGUCUCGGUUUUUGUGGGAAACUUGAAGGAGAAUCUCUCGCAACGUUUGUAUGAAUGUAUCCUGUUGGAAAAGCUGGGUGAAUCCUGUCGAUGGGAUACGAUCGAUGCAAUCUACUAUGAGAGUGGUUGCCUCGUGUUGACUUAUCGAUCCAGUGAGAAAGCCGAACACGCAUACGAGUUGCUGAAAGUGAGUCAACAGUCAUUCGAGUUUGCCGAUUUCGUGUGGUACAUUUAUCUGAUUAGUUCAGUGGUUUUCAUGGUACUGUUUGUACGCAACGGACUGAGACUGAAAUCUGAAGAGGAGGGGGAGGAGGAGUUUCUUCCCAAAAAGGCUAUUGAAAGCGCGUUUGAUCCCGCGUUCUUUGUUCUGGUAUCUAAUUGCCUAUACGCUGUUGCGUGA